CGACUCGCGGCCGCCCAAACCCGCACGCCGCCGCUCCGCCGCCGCCGCCGCCGCCGAUUCCUCCCCCCCCCCUCGAUCGCCACGCCACGCCCUUCGGUCGACCUGUGCCGCUUCCCUCGGAGGAGGAUAUCCCACCAGCCAGCGAGCCGGCGGGGUCGCCCUCGCGCGAAUCGUGGAUCGCGAUUCGCGCUAGGGUUUUCUCGGCCGUCUGUCUCGCCUUCGUGCGGAUUCGAGAGGACACUAGAAAAAUCUUCACCCCAAAUUCUGAAGAUACACCAAGAACGUUGCAGUCUAACUUCAACGCAGAAUAUCAGAAAUGGAUCAUGGGCGUUAUGCUCCACAGCAUGGGUGGGAGAACAACAGUGCAUUGGAUGGGUAUGGCGUCAUCAAUGGCCCAGAUUAUAGGGGCAGUGGAUCCUACAACGGUAGGAGAUUUGUGGAUGAUGGCUUUCAAGGAGAUUCAUAUGGAAGGGGUGCAUUCUAUCAGGACACGCAUGAUAGAAAUAUGUAUCCACCUGCACCUGCUGGCACCAUGUUGUCUCAGCCUCGAAGAUUUCAUGAUGAUGAAUAUUCAUCAGCCAGAGAUUACAGAAGGAACAAAAGGAUUGGGAGUAGAGACCAUGCGGAGUUUCAUGGUGACUUUGAAGACCGGUACCGCAGCUCUCACCAAAGCAGAGAGGAUAGCUACGAGAGAGAUCGUGAUUAUGAUCGUUACAGUUAUGAUUCGGACUAUGAGAAAAGCAGGAGAGAUGGUAGCUGGAGAAGGCGUGAUUUAUGUGAGAGUGAACAUGAAAGAAGAGGGUUGAGUCAUGAAAGGGACAGAAGUCCAUACAUGCGCCAUAGCCGCUCACGAUCACGUGGGCACGAUGACCGAUCGAGAUCUCGGUCUAGAUCAAGAUCACCUCGUGGCAAGAGUCGUGGUCGGAGCCAAAGAGAUGGCUUUUAUGAUGACAAUUCCUUUGGCAGGAGAAGAGAGUAUGACUGGGAUGAGAGAAGGCAUGGAUAUUUAGUGGCUCCAUCUGCCACUGUUGUUGUUAAGGGUCUGUCCCUGAAGACUAAUGAAGAUGACCUAAACCAGAUUCUUGCUGAGUGGGGCCCUCUUCGUAGUGUGCGCGUAAUUAAGGAACGAUCUUCUGGCAUGUCUCGGGGAUUUGCCUUUAUCGACUUCCCUACUGUGGAAGCUGCCCGCAGGAUGAUGGAAGGUACUGGAGACAAUGGCAUUUUAAUUGAUGGUCGAAAGGUAUAUUUUCAGUACAGUAGUAAACCAACUAGUGGGAUGAGUGGGCCUUCUCAUGGAGAAGAAAAUUUUACAAGGUAUAACUAUGGGCACAGGACUGCUGCUGCGCCAUGUGAUUGGAUAUGUACUAUAUGUGGCUGCAUGAACUUUGCUCGCAGAACUUCUUGUUUUCAGUGCAAUGAGCCACGAACCGAGGAUUCUCUACCUGCUGAUCCAACUGGUUCUACUCCACUCCAUGCAAAAAGGGGAUCUGAACUAGGUCCAACUCAUGUUUUAGUUGUUCGUGGUCUGGAUGAAAAUGCUGAUGAGGAAAUGCUUCGAUAUGAAUUUGCCAAGCACGCACCUAUAAAGGAUAUUCGCCUUGUUCGGGAUAAGUUUACUCAUGUGUCCAGAGGUUUUGCCUUCAUCCAUUUUCAUUCUGUGGAAGAUGCUACAAAAGCUCUUGAAGCUACAAAUGGGAUUACACUUGAGAAGAAUGGUCAGGUUUUACGUGUAACCUAUGCUAAAAGUACACACGGACCAGUAUCAGGGGCUUCACAGUCAAAUAGCCUUGCUGCAGCUGCCAUUGAGGCUGCAUCAUUUUCUCAGCAGUAUGAUGCUGUAGGUUGGGCCCCAAAAGAGUACAAUCCUGAUGACAAUCUGAAUAGCACCUCAGAACCUCAGAACAAUGGCUCUGCUCCACAGUCAGGAUUUGUUUGGGAUGAGAAGUCUGGUUAUUACUAUGAUUCUGCCUCAGGAUUCUAUUAUGAUGGAAAUACAGGACUUUACUAUGAUGGUAAUGCCGGAGUGUGGUAUUCAUAUGAUCAACAAACUCAAGAGUAUGUCCCUUGCAAUGAACAGAACAGCAGUAAAGCAGCAGGGGACACGGCAAAUACUAGCACGAAGACCUCAGAAAGUAACAGUGGUAAAAAUGUAGUGAUUUCUGCACCUGCAGCCACGAUUAAACAAAGCGAGAAAACUUCAUUACCUGAAGCUGUUCAGGCUGCUGCAAGUGCAGCACUGGCUGCAGAAAAGAAAGAAAAGGAGAAGGCAAAAGAGAUUAAGUUGGCAUCGAAAGGUAGUCUUUUGGCAAAUAAGAAAAAGAUGAAUAAUGUCCUAGCAAUGUGGAAACAAAGAAAUCAAGAAGGCCAACCAGGGCGUGCUGUCCUUGAUGACAAGGAACCGUCCAACUUUGCUGAUGAUAAAUUAAACAGUGUACACAGUGCAACUGGGUUCUCAGUGAAAGGCAAGCCUAAAUCAGACUUUGGAAAUGUUAAGGACAUGAACUUGCCUACUAGCUACAAUUCUCUUGGCCGAACAGCUGCGCCCACAGAAAUGAUAGAUUCCGACAUAAAGGCUACACCUGUCAGUAACAGUUUAGGAACUACCAUUAUGGGUGUCAUAAGAGGCUCUGGUAGAGGAAUAGUCAGAUCAGAUACUGCAUUUCAUGCAUCUGAUGCUGGUGGUGCUGAUUCUUCCUCCAACAUAGCAACAAGCACAAGCGGGUUAACAGCAAAUGCUGGGGUACCUACUUCUGCACCCUUCAAAACAGAUUUAUCUGCUCUGGCAUCAUAUACUCCAUCUGGAGUUCCAGGGAGUGGUAAACGCCGGUUUUCUGAGGCUCCAGGACAUUCACAGUACAGAGAUCGGGCUGCAGAAAGACGAAGUUUAUAUGGAUCAUCUUCAUCACUUGGUACUGAUAAUGAUGGACUGGAUCCAACUGGUGAGCACCCAUCUCGAAGGGGUUCAAGUGAGAUGGGAUCAAUGCCAUUUCCUCCAGGGGUGGGUGAACGUUCUAGUGGUGAAAUUGGCAAUACUGAGAAUUAUGAGGUUAUCACUGCUGAUAGAGCAAUAGAUGAGAGCAAUGUGGGCAACCGUAUUCUACGCAAUAUGGGUUGGCAAGAAGGACUGGGUCUCGGAAAGACUGGUAGUGGCAUCAAGGAACCAGUUCAGGCUAAACCUGUCGAUGUGAGGGCUGGACUCGGAAGCCAACAGCGGGUGAAACCUGACCCGUCGCUGGAGGCGCAAGCUGGCGAUAGCUACAAAACCAUCAUCCAGAAGAAAGCUAUCGCAAGAUUCAGGGAGAUGUCCUGAGCUGUUGUGUCAGUUUUCUUGUUGUAAUAUGGCUGUAGUAGUAAUGUUGAGGUGCCCUUGGAUAGACAAUUGAAUAUAUUUGUCGAUUUCCUUCUAUUACCUCUUCCAAAAAAUAAACUUUUAGGGUCAAACUUUGAAUCACAAUAUAAGCAUUUAUGUGUUGAUUUCUAUGAUUCUAAUAAUGUCAGGGGGGAUUGUUUGGCUUUUUUGUAGAAAAAGCUAAAUAGUAUAUAU